ACGCGCACGCCCAUCGUCUUUCCCCCGGCCACCGUCGCCUUUUCAAAACGCGAGGAGAGGAGGGGAGGGGGGAGAAGCGUGCUCCGCUCCAUCCGCCCCGCAAGAAUGUCCGACGAGGCCAGGCACGGGACCGCGGGCGCCGCGCAGGCGGCGAUCCGGGCCUCCUCCGAAGACCGCAAGCCGGUGGGCGCCGCGGGCGCGGGGUCCCCGCCGCCGGGGACCGCGGCGGCGCACAAGAUCCAGCUCAAGAGCGCCGACAUGAAGGAGGAGAUGAAGCAGGAGGCCUUCGACAUCGCCCGCGUCGCGUUCGAGAAGCACAGCAUGGAGAAGGACAUCGCGGAGUACAUCAAGAAGGAGUUCGACAAGAACCACGGCCCCACCUGGCACUGCAUCGUCGGCCGCAACUUCGGUUCAUACGUGACGCACGAAACAAACUACUUUGUGUAUUUCUACAUCGAUUCUAAAGCCGUCUUGCUAUUCAAGUCUGGGUGAUGGCGCAGCCGAAGCGAUCACCCUUGCGUGACUCCAUCCGAUUGCUCGCCUGUAUGUUCCUUUUUCUCUGAGUCGUCUGCAGCCAAGCUGGAAGCCGGGAAUCUUAUGAGCCUGCAUGUUGAUGUAUCAGCGACAGAUUAUUUCCGUAGUCCAGCAAUGUGAGAUCAGAUUGUGUAUCUAUUUUACGUCUGGUACAUCUAGGUGUUGUGAGGACAUUGUCUUAUUUCAAUAUGAUUGCCAGAAAAUUGGACGAACAGUUGUUGCAAACAAGGUGGACUUUAUCUUA